AACAUAAUUGACUACGUUCGAAAAGUGGUGGCACAAGAAGGGAUUAAGGGGUUAUACAGAGGCAUAAGCGCAAGCUAUUUGGGUACUGUCAAGACAGCUCUUCACUUAGUCAUCUAUGAACAAUUAAAAGCCGUGUAUCGCAAGUCGUUGAACGACAAGGGCGGAAUGAACGAAGAGCUCUCCCAUUGGAUCAGUACUAGUGGAGCAUCGGGAUCUGCUAAGUGCGCGACGGUUCUAUUGACAUACCCCCACGAAGUGAUUAGGACUUGGUUACGUCAAGCUCCGGUUGGGAUCCACUCGCCACGAUACACUGGACUUUGGCAAUGCUUUCGUUCCGUUGGCCAAUCGGAAGGCUUAGCAGGACUUUAUAGUGGCCUCAUACCUUAUAUGGCUCGAUCCAUACCAUCAGCAGUUAGCACUCUCGGAGUGUAUGAAUUUGUGUUGAGGCUAAUGGGGCCUCAGUAG